AUGUUCAUGUCGCGAAAAUCUCUUCAACGAUCUAACUCCUCGUCGUCGGUUGCGUCGACGGCGUCCUCCUCGUCCACCUCCACCGCGACCUCGACCGGCUCCGUCUCGACUGCGCCGACCAACGGCAGCCCCAACAGCACCAGCAGCAGCAGCGGCGGCAACGGAAACGGCAACCCCAUGUCGGUCGGUGGAGACACCGCGCCUUGGUCGAACUCACAAGCUCUGCGCAAGAAACCGCAACCAAAAAACAACACCAACACCAACUCAUGGACUAAUGCCAGGCCAGAAGGAGCGUCCGACCUUUCACGCUCAGCAACAGGCCGCCCGCCCAUGGCGAAUGGCGUCAACGGCGCGCCUCCAACUAUGCACCAUCAGCAACAGCAGCCAUCAUCGCAGCCUCAGCCGCAGCAACAACCGCAGUCCGCCAUGUCGGCGCCGAACCAGAUGAUGUCACAAAGCAAUCUCGCGAGGCCCGGCGCCGACCAAAUGGCCCCCCAACGCCUGCCCGUGCUGUCGCUGCUGUCGCUCAAUGGCACCUUCGAACGCAAGACCAUCUCCGUCCCCUUUUACCCCGACAUAAUGAAAAUCGGUCGGCAGACAAAUGCGAAAACCGUCCCUCUCCCCACCAACGGCUUCUUCGACAGUAAGGUGUUGUCGCGUCAGCACGCCGAGAUCUGGGCCAACCAAGACGGCAAGAUAUUUAUCAAGGAUGUCAAGUCCUCAAACGGCACCUUUGUCAAUGGCAACCGUCUGUCGCCCGAAAAUCGCGAGUCGGAACCCCAUGAGCUCCAGUCUCAAGACCAUCUCGAACUCGGUAUCGACAUUGUUAGUGAGGACCAAAAGACGGUAGUUCACCACAAGGUUGCCGCCAAAGUCGAGCAUGCUGGGUUCGUUACCCAAACGAACAACCUCCUGGAUAUGAACUUUGGCGAUCUCGAUCCUUCAAAUGGCGGCAUGAUGAUGCCCAUGGGCGGCAUGCCACCCUUCCGCGGUCGGGCUGGCAGCCAAGCAUCUCUGGCAAGCAACGGACGUAUGAUGCCUGGCAACAUGGGUGGUCCGAUACCUGGUAUGGCGCAACAGAGGCAAUUUUGGUUGAACCCUGUCACGACUGAACAUAUUGUCAAAAAGCUUCAAACGGAAAUGCGGAAUGCCAAGCUGCAGCACCACGAUCUUAUCCGAACGGGUCAGUUCAUCACCGCCUUGGUCACGAAAGACGACAUCAAGAAUCAAGACAAGCCCGAAGAUAUUGAGCCCCCUAAGUUGCAUGUGAACGGGAACGUCCCUUUCAAGUCGGAAAUUAGCAAGACCCGGUUUUCGGAGCCCCCUGCUCCUCCGCCCUCACAGCCUCUUCCAGAAAAGCCAGAUGUUGCCCGCGCUUCGGAUGCGCCUUCGCUAAAACGGGGAAUUACCGAGCGACCGAAAUCACACCCUUCCCCCAAGGACGCGAAUGUUAAUCAGGUUGUACAACUUACGGAGGCCUUGAACCUAGCAAAGAAGGAACUGGACAGCAACAGUGCUCGGGUGCGAGAUCUGGAAAGGAUGCUAAACGAAGAACGUGAAGCCCGGUUACAGGCGGAGGUUUUGAUGCAAAAGAUGGCAGUAAGCCAACAAGCAGUGACAAAUGGCACGAGCGUGGCAGCUUUGACGAACGGCCACUCGGCAAUGGACAGAGUAUUUGAGCCACCGACGGAGCAAACUGAGCCAAACGACGCGAGCGCGCCCGGCGGCCUCGAAUCCGAAAAGAGCCCGAAACCGGAAACCAGCAACAUCGAGGCUAUGGCGGCGGCUUUCCAGGCUCGGAUAGAGUCGAUGACGACGGAGAUGAAGGGGCUUAGGGAACAGCUGGAAGCUUUCAGAAACAGGGCUGAGCAGGCAGAGGCAGAGCGGGAUGCUGACCGUAAGACGUUGAGUCAGUUGAUCUUACAAAUACGUCAGCGAGACGAGGAAGAACAGCAAGGCGCGGCGCGCAAGUCGCGUUCGUCCUCUCGCGGUAGAUCGCAACAAGGAGGGAAGGACAAGGAGAUUGACCAGACAUUGCCCAAGGCUAAUGGCGCCGCAGUGACUGGACCAACCCAGUCCGAUGGCUCCUCCGAGGAUCAUGCUGAGGAGGUGCCCAGUCUGGCGCUGACGGACACCUUGAAACCGUCAUCUUCGCCCGCGCUAGUAUAUCCGCACCAGGAUCGUGCGUUGAUACAAGCCAUGCCCUACGUUUCCGUCCUUGGAGUCGUCUUCAUUGGAAUGGGUCUGAUGGCUUACCUCAACGGGUGGCAGCCGCAGGCGAAGAACUAG